AUGGAAACAAAACGGAAUUUUAUAAUUUAUUCGGAAAACUAUGAUCUAGAAAUAUUUUUAAACAAUAUCAAUGAAGAAGACGAAAACGAAGGCGUGGAUGAAAAAAAUAAUGUUCAAGUGGUGAAUCAAAAUUGUUGUUCGAAAGCAUCGAAGGAUGAAGGAUUAUGUGACUUAAUAUGCUCAAGACAGAAAUCAAUCGAAAAUAAUAGAAAAAAAUCUGAAAUUUGUUUACUGAACCAAGCUGAAAAAAUUGAAUUUAGAGGACGAGCAGACCGGAGAAAUAUUAUAUUUGCAGUUGUGUCUAUUGAGGAUGGGCAAUAUUAUAAAAUUGGGAAUAAAUAUAAUACUUUGAAACAAUUAAACACCAGAAAUCAGUUUGGUGUAUGCCCGUUGUCUUUAAUACCGCUUGAUGAGGUGGUACAUGUAGAAAAAUCAUUGAGGGAAAUUGCGAGUCAAAUGUCAGAUGGUGGUGGUCAAGGAUUUAAAAGGUGUUCAUGUAAGGGGAAAUGUGACACCAAUCGAUGUAAAUGUAAAGCAUCUAGCAUUUUUUGCAAUUCAAAAUGUCACGGAAGCAUGCCAUGUAAUAAAGGAUAA